GUUCGGGGCACUUGGGUCCCACAGUCUGGUCCUGCUUCACCUUCCCCUGACCUGAGUAGUCGCCAUGGCACAGAUUCUCAGAGGCACUGUGACUGACUUCCCUGGAUUUGAUGAGCGGGCUGAUGCAGAAACUCUUCGGAAGGCCAUGAAAGGCUUGGGCACAGAUGAGGAGAGCAUCCUGACUCUGUUGACAUCCCGAAGUAAUGCUCAGCGCCAGGAAAUCUCUGCAGCUUUUAAGACUCUGUUUGGCAGGGAUCUUCUGGAUGACCUGAAAUCAGAACUAACUGGAAAAUUUGAAAAAUUAAUUGUGGCUCUGAUGAAACCCUCUCGGCUUUAUGAUGCUUAUGAAUUGAAACAUGCCUUGAAGGGAGCUGGAACAAAUGAAAAAGUACUGACAGAAAUUAUUGCUUCAAGGACACCUGAAGAACUGAGAGCCAUCAAACAAGUUUAUGAAGAAGAAUAUGGCUCAAGCCUGGAAGAUGACGUGGUGGGGGACACUUCAGGGUACUACCAGCGGAUGUUGGUGGUUCUCCUUCAGGCUAACAGAGACCCUGAUGCUGGAAUUGAUGAAGCUCAAGUUGAACAAGAUGCUCAGGCUUUAUUUCAGGCUGGAGAACUUAAAUGGGGGACAGAUGAAGAAAAGUUUAUCACCAUCUUUGGAACACGAAGUGUGUCUCAUUUGAGAAAGGUGUUUGACAAGUACAUGACUAUAUCAGGAUUUCAAAUUGAGGAAACCAUUGACCGCGAGACUUCUGGCAACUUAGAGCAACUACUCCUUGCUGUUGUGAAAUCUAUUCGAAGUAUACCUGCCUACCUUGCAGAGACCCUCUAUUAUGCUAUGAAGGGAGCUGGGACAGAUGAUCAUACCCUCAUCAGAGUCAUGGUUUCCAGGAGUGAGAUUGAUCUGUUUAACAUCAGGAAGGAGUUUAGGAAGAAUUUUGCCACCUCUCUUUAUUCCAUGAUUAAGGUAGUAGAACCUUUCUUUAAAUUAUGUUUGGGAAUCCAAAGCAGACUGGUAUGUUGCAUGAAAGACAAGGAUAAGAGAACCUGAUUCUUGUGUUAAGUUUAAAAUUUUAGUGACACGAUUAGAGCAAUGAGUUAAAAAGCUUAGCAUAAUGUUUCCUGAAGUAGUGAUGAUGGCUCCCAAGUGAAAGCAUGGGUGUUGAUGUGGCUGAGGCUCUUGGUGAACUCAGAAGCAUUAUUUAGUAGUGGUAACAGAUGACUCAACAAACCAAACCCCUUGCCUGUGACAAUAAUGUGUUCUUUCUGUCUUUUAUCAGUUCCAGCUGUCUUUAUUAGUCCUUCUUUUAUUUCAUAUCAGCUUUUCCUUUCUUUAUCGUCUGUUAUCACCUUAUCUCUGAUGCUGGUUUCUAAUUCAGGAAAGAGCCAACCAGGUCAUAUUGGGAGUAAAGAGCCCCUAGGUAUUAGUAUCAUUUUUGUUCUUUUUAAAACAAGGUGCUCUGUGGCCUAUAAUUACAUUUAGCUUAAAGUCUUUUGACUUUUUUUUUUUUUUCCAAUAAAGGUUAAUGUGGACCAUGUGCAAAAGCAAGAUUUCAAUUGAGCAGAAGCUUUUAGUUUAGCAUGUUUGUGAUUUGGCUGGCCCAAAGGACACUAGAGAGUUUACCCAUGCACUUUUAGCUUGAAACAUUAAUUUAUCAUGCAUGUCUGCAUGUGAGACAAGCAGAUGCAAAGCAUGUCCUGUCCUUCUGUCUCGGAGGGAGAGCCAUGACAGCCCUGCAGCCCCAGCACUGCCUGUGUUAGCUGAUAUAUACCAAGUGAUAGAAACUAUUCUGUCUAGAAGGCUUGAUUUGACUAUAGUUGUUAAAGUUGCCCGGUUCUUUGUGUUACCAGAGGGAAUACUGAGUGUCUGAGGUUACAUUGGUAGGAAACUCCCUGCAUAACAUUCCUGAUGUGAAAGUCACAGAGAUUACCCACUUGGGAGAAGAGUCUUAUGAAUAAAAUUUGUUGCCAGUUAUUUAGUUUUAAAAUUUUCUAUGGCUUCUGUGAGUCAUGGAGGUUAAUGGAAUACAUUUGGUUUCAGGGAGAUACAUCUGGGGACUAUAAGAAAGCUCUUCUGCUGCUCUGUGGAGAAGAUGACUAACGUGUCAUGGGGAAGAGCUCCCUGCUGUGUGCCUGCACCGCCCCACUGCCUUCCUUCAGCACCUUUAGCUGCAUUUGUAUGCCAGUGCUUGACACAUUGCCUUAUUCAUACUAGCAUGCUCACGACCAACACAUACACGUCAUAGAAGAAAAUAGUGGUGCUUCCUUCUGAUCUCUAGUGGAGAUCUCUUUGACUGCUGUAGUACUAAAGUGUACUUAAUGUUACUAAGUUUAAUGCCUGGCCAUUUUCCAUUUAUAUAUAUAUUUUAAGAGGCUAGAGUGCUUUUAGCCUUUUUUAAAAACUCCAUUUAUAUUACAUUUGUAACCAUGAUACUUUAAUCAGAAGCUUAGCCUUGAAAUUGUGAACUCUUGGAAAUGUUAUUAGUCAAGUUCACAACUAAACUAAACCUGUAAAAUUAUGAUGAUUGUAUUCAAAAGAUUAAUGAAAAAUAAACAUUUCUGUCCCCCUGAA